CCCCACCAACCUGAGGCCCAAAUUUCACGCCCAAUCAACAAGAAAACCAUUGGAAGAUCAAAGAAGAAAAUGGUGAAACCAAGAAGCAAACUUCACUGGACCCAAGCUGGUCUUUCUCUCUCUCUACAUUUGUUCUUUCCCUCUCUACAUUUGUUCUUUCUCUCUCUAGUUGCUCUCGCUUCACCAUCAAGAAGAGGGAGAAACCAAAACCAUAGGUGGCCAUGGCUUCGGCAAUUACAGGGAGUUCAGUGAGGGGCCUGAACUGGGCUCAGUCAUUUGGUGGCGAUGAGAGAGCCUGGCUCACAAAAGCGGGCACGAGGUGGGUUCGGUGCGCCAGACCGAGCAGGGCGAGGCCCAUGAUGGGUAACGUGAAUGAGGGCAAGGGCCUCUUUGCUCCACUGGUUGUCGUGGCUAGGAACAUUAUAGGCAAGAAAAGGUUUAACCAGCUCAGGGGCAAGGCCAUCGCACUUCACUCUCAGGUAAUAAAUGAAUUUUGUAAAUCGAUUGGAGCUGAUGGGAAACAGAGGCAGGGGCUCAUCAGGCUGGCUAAGAAGAAUGGAGAGAGGCUGGGCUUCCUUGCUUAAUAAAAGGAAACAUCUUUUUUUAAUAUAAUCAAAGAAAACUUUUGAUUCAGUGUUUGUUUCCCACAAAAAUGGUGAUACAUCUAAGUUUUAUUAGGGUUUCCAUUGCAAAGAGAUUGUAUAUAUUCUCAGCUGGUGAAAUGUUUUCCUUCUCCCUCUUG